AUGCAUGGGAAGUGUAAUUCCAGGAUCUCAGGGAGAUUCGAAAUCACUAGCGCGGACUUAGCGGGAAGAGAUCCGUUCCUCGGAUGGAAGAUCAAGUUCUCUGGAGAUUUCUUCUCCGAACUAGAUCGGUGGUUAGAUGGUCCGAUUAGCAAAAGAGAAUAUACUGUUGCUUUUUACGAAGUAAGGUGGAGCAAACGGCAUCUGAGUUAUCUACGAUUUCCCGGCGAUGUCUUCGUUCAGAUGCUGAAAAUGCUUAUUCUUCCUCUUAUUAUGUCGAGCAUCAUAACAAGCUUGGCUUCCGUCGAUUCACAUACAGCCGGGAAAUUGGGAAUGAUAUCAUUAAUUUACUACUUCAUGACAACAAUGAUGGCAGUAAUCCUGGGUAUUGUUUUGGUCGUGCUUAUACAACCUGGUAAAUGGAUGACAACCAAUAUUGAGGAAAUUGUUGGUGAAGUGAACAAAGCACCCUGUAUUUCUAAUGCUAUUGAUACAAUCCUUGACUUAGUAAGAUCUCUUUUCCCAGAAAAUCUCGUCGAAGCAACAUUUCGAUCUCAAAAAGUAUGCAUGAAGUUUUUAAAUGGUUCACAGUCUGUAAAUCCAGAUUAUGUUCUGAAAAUGAGCCCAGAAGCUCGCACCGUGUUCACAGAGCUUCCGGAAAAGGUCACAUCUGAUGGUAUGAACAUUCUUGGCCUCGUGAUGUUCAGCGUAGCGCUGGGAAUUACAAUCAGCUGGAUUGGAGAAGAAGGCGCUGCCCUGAAGGCAUUUUUUAAAAGCCUUGAGGCAGUCAGUAUGAAACUCAUCUCGCUUGUCAUUUGGUAUUCACCUGUUGGCAUUACGUUUCUAAUCGCCGCACAAAUAGUUGGAAUGAAAGAUCCAGGAAAAGAACUGCAACGAUUGAUGGGCUACAUGAUAACUGUUCUAAUUGGCCUAUUCAUACACGGUUUCGUUAUGUUGCCAAUAUUAAUGAUUACGUUGGCCAGAAGAAAUCCUCUCAAAUACGUCUAUGGGAUGGCACAAGCACUUUUGACCGCUCUAGCAACGAGCUCAAGCUCGGCCACAUUACCGUUAUCCAUCAAAUGUGUAGAAGAGAACAAUGGCGUGGAUUCUCGAGUAGCACGAUUUGUUCUUCCACUCGGAGCCACAAUUAAUAUGGAUGGUACAGCACUGUACGAAGCGGUAGCCGCCAUCUACAUCUCACAAUGCGUUGGAUUGGACUUGUCGUUGGGCCAAAUAAUUCUCGUGAGCCUCACGGCCACGCUGGCAAGCAUUGGAGCUGCAGGAAUUCCGCAAGCAGGAAUCGUCACCAUGAUUAUGGUUUUAAUAGCAAUAGGUCUUCCGUCGAACUUAUUUAUUUUGAUAUUCCCUGUCGAUUUCUUCCUGGAUAGAAUUCGUACUACCGUGAACGUUCACGGAGACAGUAUUGGUGCAGCGGUUGUUGGGAAACUAUGCGAAAAGUACCUCAAACAAGGAUCAGCUGAACGAAACGAGCAGGGUUACAGUAUGCUAUCGACGCAUGCUAGCCCAAAUCCACCGAAAAGGAUCAGCGUCGGGAAUCAUCACUAUGAGAAUUCGCAUAUGUUGUGA